AUGCAGAUUACCAUAGAGGACGCUGGUCCCAAAGUUCUUCACGUUGGUACAGCGGCAUCCUCUGGUUUUAGGAAAUCAGAUCUGAGAGGGACCUACAUGCUCUCCAACCUACUUCAAGAGCUUACGAUAGCAAAGGACUACGGUAGAAAACAAAUAGUCCUCGACGAACAACGCCUGAAUGAGAAUCCCGUGAAUCGACUUUCCCGUUUAAUCCAAAACUCGUUCUGGAAAGCUUUGACCCGCCGAAUUGACGGUUCUAAUAUCGAAAUCGUGGGAAGAGAUCCUAAGGACUGGACCGACGACCCAAGACCACGCAUUUAUGUCCCAGCCGGUGCCCCCGAGCAGUAUGAAUACUAUAAUAAAAUUGCUGAAUCCCAACCUGAGCUCCGGUUGGACGUCCAGCUCCUCCCGAGUGGAGAAAUCACCCCUGAAUAUGUGAGAGACCUGAACAGUAAGCCUGGGUUGUUAGCACUGGCCAUGGAAGAAUAUGUGGAUCCAGAUACAGGAGAGAAGGACCUUCGAGGGGUCCCAUACAUUGUCCCCGGUGGACGCUUCAAUGAGCUAUACGGUUGGGACAGUUACAUGGAGUCCCUAGGUUUACUGGUCACGGAGCAUGUCGAACUAGCCAGAGACAUGGUCGUCAACUUUUGCUUUUGUAUCAAGCAUUAUGGGAAGAUCCUUAACGCUAACAGAUCAUAUUACCUAUGCCGCUCCCAGCCUCCAUUCCUGACUGAUAUGGCACUGAGAGUGUAUGAUCGAAUCAAAUCGCAGCCUGGAGCAACGGACUUUCUCAGGGAAGCCAUUUUGGCAGCCAUUAAGGAAUAUCACAGUGUUUGGGUGUCAGAACCACGACUUGAUCCGAAGACAGGAUUGUCCAGAUACCGGCCUUCUGGCAUUGGGGUACCACCUGAGACGGAGCCAACCCACUUUUAUCAUAUACUCCUACCUCAUGCAAAAAAGCACGGAGUUACAUUUGAUGAGUUUGUCAAGGCGUACAACAGUGGUGAAAUUAAAUGCGCUGAGCUAGACGAAUAUUUUUUGCAUGACCGAGCAGUAAGAGAAUCGGGCCAUGACACAUCCUAUCGACUUGAAAAUGUGUGCGCCAAUCUUGCAACAAUCGACUUGAACUGCCUACUAUACAAGUACGAGAUGGACAUUGCACGUGUUCUGCGUGAUCAUUUUAAAGACAAACUGUACAUUCCCCCUGAAUUCCGAACCCCCGAAACGGAAUCCAGGGAGUAUGAAAGUUCAUCCUUAUGGGAUCGUCGUGCAAGGAGAAGAAGGGCAGCAAUUGAUAAGUACAUGUGGAAUGAAGAAAAGGGGAUGUACUUUGACUAUGAUACCGUCAAGGAACAGAUCACUAGUUACGAGAGUGCCACGACAUUUUGGUCAAUGUGGGCAGGUGUCGCGAACCCACGACAAGCUGCCGCCCUUGUUAGCAAGGCUUUACCAAAGUUCCAAGCUUAUGGCGGCCUUGUGUCAGGCACUGAGGAAUCUAGGGGUAAGGUUGGUAUUGAUCGGCCAAACCGCCAAUGGGAUUACCCCUAUGGAUGGGCACCGCAGCAAAUACUCGCGUGGACUGGGCUUAUGCGAUAUGGUUACCAAGAAGAGGCCGAAGAAUUGGCGUAUAAAUGGUUGUUUAUGGUUACAAAGGCCUUUGUUGACUUUAACGGCACCGUCGUUGAAAAAUACGAUGUUACUCGUCCUAUCGACCCUCACAAAGUCGAUGCAGAGUACGGAAAUCAAGGUAUUGAUUUCAAAGGGGUAUCGAGGGAAGGUUUCGGAUGGGUCAAUGCGAGCUACGUGUAUGGACUUCAAUUUUUGAAUGCCCAUAUGAGACGAGCCUUGGGCGCAUGUACUCCUUACCAAACGUUCAAGGAAGCGACCACUGCCGUGAACUUCUAG